AUGCGAUUUCUGACGACUUUGCUUAGGAAACAGUGCAGCAUUGAUAAAGACUAUUUGGAAACUUCCUCAGGAUCAGACACUGAACUGAGUUUUAGGCAACACAGAAACUCCAAAGACCAAAGAUACCCAGAAGAAUCAGAGAAUGACUGCAGCAUUGCAAAACGACGUUGUCGAGAGGAUCCUUACUGUUUUCUAGUGUACAAGAGCUUCCAGCGAGGAUGCCAGGCGGGUGCAGCAAAAUGCAGGCUCCCGAUCGUCAACCAGGAGUGUUUGUCAGCGUGGAAAGAACUGAGGAAAACAGUGCUGGGAGAGUGCAAGUGCUCAGAGCCACUUCAGAUGAGAUGUGUUAAAAUAUGGAAGGGAAUAUUUAACAACCCUUGUUUACAGUACUCUGAAGAGAGCCAAGCCUCAGCAGCUAGUGAAAAUUAUGAUGAUGACGAUGAUAACGAUGAUGACGAUGAUGAUGAUGAUGAGAAAAGUCAGGACAGUGACACAGACAAUAUUAGAAUGGAAACUAAAUUACAAUGGAGUUUAUCUACUCUCUCCAAACAAGCAUACACAGCGAACAGAACCUGUUUGGAUGUGAACAAGGAGUGUGUUGAAGAUGAAGUAUGUAACAAACAGUUGUCCCUGUACCUUAAGGUUUGCUCAGUAAAUAAGAAGUGCAACAUGGAAGAAUGUCAAGCAGCCAUAAGGUUCUUCUAUCAACACAUGCCUUUUGAAGUUGCCCAAAUGAUGACAUUUUGUGAAUGUACCCAGCCUGAUGAAUCCUGCCACAGAGCCAAAGAACUUCUGCAUGGCAAGCCCUGUGCAGUUACUGCAGUUCCACCCCCAUCAUGUCUGAACGUAAUCCACACGUGUGAAGAGAACGAGUUGUGCAGGAAAAAAUACACAAAUUUUUGGUCCAAGUGUUGGAGACAUGUGACAAAAAAAUGCUACGAUGAUGAAGCUUGUCUUGAAACUUUAAUCAAGGGUGACAUGCCCUGUUCUGCAAACACUGAUUGCAAAGCAGCCUAUAUUAGCAACUGGGGCACAAUGCUGCGCGUGGAGUGUACCUGCCAGAAUUUACCUCCCAUGAAGCAGUCUUUGUGCAAGCUCUUCCAUCACAUGCUUCACAGCAAAUCCUGCUACAGUGAGUUACGUGAAAUUUCCAUUACGAAGAAAGGUUUUCAUUGGGUGAAUACAGAAUUGCCAGGACAAAAGUCUUCCAGAGCACAGCUCCAUUCUUCUUCAAUUAAUGGUGAAACAGUCUACAUUAUUGCCUAUUCCUCCUGCAUAGUUCUCAUCCUAGGAAUAGUCCUGUUGACUCUCCUAAAGAUCAGGCAAUACCCGAAGUGCCUAAUUCUCCCCAUGAACUGUACUGGGAGUCACGGUCCCUAACACAUCACUCUGGAUCCCACUUUCUGGCUAUGAAUUCUGGAUUUCUCCCCGUAGCUGAGUUGUUUUUCUAGAUUUAAGCUACUAUUUACUAGCAAUUGGUUGUCUUUG